AAAUACUACUAGUAAUAGUAAAACAUUACGAACAAAGUUAAAAGGCUUAUUAAUUAUGAGUUCAACAAAAAUAUCUUUAACAACUCAAACCACUCCUUCUCAACCUCCUCCACCAAAAUUUUCAGCGCAAACUUUUCCUCAAAACACCAUUCUUCAAAAAUCAUCAGCACAAACUCCUUCUCAAAAUACUCUAGCAAUUGCUAAAAAAAAAACAACAGCUCCUGUUACUUCUCCAAAACAGACAUCGUUAAUUACUACUGCUACUGCUCCUCAACAACCAAAAUCAGAAAAACCUAAUAACGAUCAUUCGCUUGAGAUAACAAUAACAACAACAUCAUCAUCCAAUAAAAAAAGUUUAACUGAUAUCAAAAAAGAAGAAUCACUAGCUCAAAAAAAUGAAAAGUCGCCAACUUUCACUACUACAACUACCGCCUCAACUAAAAUACCCAUGACCGGAGAUAUUGUGCCAACUACUGCAACAACGACGGAUUCUAAAAACAUUUCCAACGAGCAAAAUAACAUCACUACUACAAAUAAUGGUGAUGGUAAAACUAAUGAUAACGAUAAAAAUGACGAUGACGACACCUCCAAUGUUAAAAACGGUAAAAAAAUUGAUAAAGAAAGAACCAUUGCAAUCAAAUCAUCGUCAUCAACUUGCACUACAAAUGAAACCAUAAAAGCAUCUUCAGGUGCAUUGGAGAUAGUCACAAGUGCAGUGUCUUCAUCAGCAGAAAAUAAAAAUCUUAGUGCACAACAUGAAUUAAUUAAAAAAUACUUUCAAGCUAAAAAUAAUCUUAAAUUGGAUGAUAUGGUGUCAACUGUCUCUGAUGAUGUUAGUUAUUUAUAUUUGAAUAAAACUAAUAUUCAAGGAAAGGAGGCUUUCAAGAAUCAUAUGAAACAUCAAUUUGAAGUCGCGCAUAAUUCUUUUAAGGAUUACAACUUAUCUACAAAAAAAAUACUUGUUGAAGGUAAUCAAGCUAUGGUUAAAUGGGAAUGGAUUUACAAACAUAAGGGUAUUGCGAAAAAUUUGGGCAAUUUAAGAAUUGAAGGUGUUAGUGAAUUUGAAUUGAAAGGAUUAUUGAUUAAAUCCGUGAAAAGUUAUGAAAUUAAAGAUUCAGAUCAUGCUGUUAAUGGAAGUGGUGGGAGUAGAUUAUUUGGAAAGUUUGUAAGGAAACUUAAGCAUAUAGAGUCAUCAACAUAA